CCUCAUUGUAAUAAAUUGUAUAUUAGCUUCUAAAUGCUUUCGCAAACUUCCAUUCCCAUUUCAACGUUAUUUCAGCUUUGAGUAUAUUAAAUUAGCAUUGGUAAUAUGCCUAUUCAAUUAAUUGCAUUAGUUUUGGCUUUAAUUUUGUUCGGGCCUCAGAUCCUACUUAUUUCGUCUUCAAUGCGAACUUGUUUCGAAAAUGAGGGAAUUACGGAAAAGGACGCCGAAAUGUUUUUUAAUCGAAGUACUUUGGGAAAAAUUAGUCCAAAAAUGAAAUGUUUCGGAGCUUGUAUUGUGGAAUCUAUGAAUUUGAUUGAUGGUUGUAAUUUGAAGUAUGAAGAAGCUAAGAAGAAUUAUACAAUGGAACAAAAAUUCGAUAUGGUCUUGGCUUUGGACGUGUGUAAGGAUAGUGCUAAGGGAAGUGGACGUUGUGAGUGUGGUUAUGAAGUUUUCAAUUGUAUCGAUAACUACUACGAAAAACAUGUAAGACAAUAAAUUGAUUGCAAAAAUCAAAAAACAUUAAA